AUGUUAGUUUUUUGCCAAGUUGGAAAUCCGAUUAAAUUAUGGGAUAAAUAUCGAGAUAAUUUCACGGACGAUAUUAAAAGACGAAUGAGUAGGAAUCGCGAAAACUCUGAGUUAGAUGUUGAUAUUGUUUACAAUCAAUGUUUGAUUAAUCUUGAAGAUAUGGUCAUUGCUAUGUCAGGUAAGACUCUUUUACAAUUUGGUCUCACUUCACCAUCUCGAGAACAAGAAUCUGGUAUUAUUAAUCAACAAUAUUUAAAUGAAUUAGCUUAUGACACUGAUAAGUUAACCGAAGAAGUGAUAAAAAGUGUUCCGAUACUGAAUAAAGAACAGACAGAAGCAUAUGAAUCUAUAUUGAAUAGUGUCGUUUCUGAUUCUGGACGAUUAAGUGAAAAAAGUAUUGCUAUUGCUGUUGCUUCUUCAGGAAUUGCGGCUACUUUAAUUGACGGAGGCAAAAAAUCUCACUCGACAUUUAAAUUACCUCUUGAAAUGAAUCAUUCUGAUAAUAUUCUAUGCAAUAUUUCUAAGCAGAGUUAUAUGGCUCACGUUAUCAGAGAAGCAAAACUGAUAGUAUGGGAUGAAUGCACUAUGGCUCACAAAAAUGUUAUUGAAGCUCUCAACAGAACUCUUAAGGAUAUAAGAAAUAGUGACCGAAUAAUGGGUGGAAUAACUGUUGUUUUAGCUAGUGACUUCAGACAAACUUUACCUGUUGUACCACGAGGUACACGUGCAGAUGAAGUCAAAGCCUGUCUCAAAUCCUCAGUUUUAUGGCCUCAUGUUAACGUACUGUCUUUGAAAAUUAAUAUGCGCGUUCAUAUACAACAUGAUUUGAGAGCAGAAGAAUUUUCAAAGUUACUCAUUGAUAUAGGGAAUGGACAAAUUUCAGAAGUUGACGGACGAAUAAGUAUUCCGGAUAACCUAGGUGAUAUUGUUGAUGAUUUAACUACAUUAACUGAUAAAAUAUACCCAGAUAUCAAUAAAAUUGGAGUUAAUUGCUCUUCAUGGCUAAAAGAAAGAGCUAUUCUGACUCCAACGAAUGAUUCAGCGAAUAGCAUUAACAACUAUCUUAUAGAAAAGCUAUCAACUAAUCAGAUGAAGUAUAAAUCUAUUGAUACAGUCGUAGAAGUUGAUGAUGCUGUCCAUUAUCCUGUCGAGUUCUUACAUACACUCAAUCCACCCGGAAUACCAUCUCAUAUUCUCAAUCUUAAAAUUGGAGCACCAAUAAUGUUACUGCGCAAUUUGAAUCCUCCAAAACUAUGUAACGGUAAACAUGAAGGAGAAGUCGUAUUUAUUCCAAGAAUUCCUUUGGUUCCAUCUGACUACCAUUUCAACUUCAAACGUCUACAAUUUCCUGUUAGGGUUUGCUAUGCUAUGACUAUCAAUAAAGCGCAGGGGCAGAGUUUAAAAUUAGCUGGUGUAGAUUUGAGACAUGAUUGUUUUUCUCAUGGUCAGUUUUACGUGGCAUGCUCAAGAGUCAGUUCACCGGACAACUUGAUUAUUCUUCAACCAGAGAAAAAGACGAAAAACAUUGUUUACAAGGAAGUUUUAAGUUUGUAA